CGCAAGGGUUUGGCCUGCCUUACCCUAGAGCCGCCCUUGCAUCCACUGAAAUUAUUGUCAAAACCUCAAAAAAUGAGCGACUCAAGAGAAGAAUCUCCAGACUGGCUCCGCUCUUUUCAGGCGCCUGCUCGGAUAACCUUAUCGUCCGGAUCUGAAUCUCCCUUAGAUAACAGCCGUCUAAGUGAUGAUGAGGAUAGCGUCAAUCUUAGUAAACUGUUUCAGAAGGAUAAAGCAUCACUUUCAGAGGCCAAAAGCAGUCAGGAUGGGGAGGAAUGUCAGCUCAACAAGAUGUCUGAAGUAAAUUCUCCAAUUAAAAAUGCAAAAGUAGAUCACACACCUACUAGGAAGAGAAAGAAGGAAAAUCAGAGUGAAAAAGAAGGAAAAAGCACGGACAAGGUAUUUACAAAGAGAAGAGCGCUAGAGAAGGCUUUUACAGAUAAAGAACCUAGUCAUUCAGUCUUGACGUUGUCAUCAGAUUCUGAAUCUUCUCAUGAUUGCAGUUCCAUAAAAGUGAAGGAAGUCCUUGAUAAAGAGUUGCUUAUACACGAUGCUAAGCCUAUAAAAGAAGAAGAAAAUGAUGUACCUUCUACAUCAAAAUCUCCAAAGAAAAAGCUGAAGAAAGAGGAUCCGGAAAAGAAGAAAAAACUAGAGAGUCAGCUAAAGGAAGAGAAGGAAGACAUGGAUGCUGUGGAGGAAAAUAUUCCAGAGAAACAAAGUGUACCAAAUUUGUCAUCUUCAAGGCUGCCUUUGGUGCUUCCCGAGAAAGUACAAAGGACAAAGGCACUUGUGGAGUGUGAAGGUGAUUCCAUAGAUCUGAGUGGUGAUAUGGGUGCUGUUGGGAGGAUAGUUAUUUCAGACGGUCCAUCAGGAAAACAUGAAAUGCUUUUCGAUUUGAAAGGAACCAUAUAUAAAACGACAAUAUUGCCUUCCAGGACGUUUUGUGUGGUAAGCUUUGGACAGACAGAAGCAAAGGUGGAUGCCAUCAUGAAUGACUUCAUACAACUGAAGCCACAAUCAAAUGUUUACGAAGCUGAAACCAUGGUUGAAGGUCAAGGGACUCUUGAUGGUUUCACAUUUGAUUCGGACGAGGAGGCUGAAAAUUUGCGAAGACCAGCUUCCCAAGGCGACCAGAAUGAGAAUGUUGAUCAUCAGAUCAAUGGAAAUGUCAAAGCAAAAGCUAAAAAAGCAUCGGCUACGGAACAAAAGAAGGGCAAGAAGGGAGUGAAGAUAUCAAAUAAAGUUAAAAAGAAACCUCAAGCACCGAAGAAAAGCAAGAGCAAAAAAUAAGAUAUGAUUGUACAUAUUUCAUUCAUACUUUAUGUAUUCUCAUAUUUUCUUUUCCUCUUUUUGUUUCCUGUUUUUCCUGUGCUUUGCCUACACAAAUACUAGUCAUAAAUUUGUAAGAGCUUAUAAAAGUAGUCUUAAAAAACGAGAAUAUUGGUACUGACCAGAUCAUAUUAAUUUGCAAGAUGUUCA